UGACAAUUUGUGAGAACUCAAGGGGAAAUUACUUGUCUGCUGUGUUGUGUCUGCCUCCUGCUUCCGUCUUCUCACAACUCUCUUGAUUUUUUCUAACCAGGAGAAGUUCCUAAUCCUCUCUGUCUGUCUAUUUCUCAUUCCGUCGCUAUCCUCAGGCAAUGGUUGGCUUCUUUCUAUUAGGAACCUUUAUGUUGUACUGUGUGGGACAGAUCCAAAUUCAAGGGGUCCCCCAAAUAUGUGUGUCCCAGCCCUCAUGUUCAGCUUGCCUGAGGAGCCCUGGAUGUGCCUGGUGCAAACACAAGGACUUCCUGAAGUCUGGGGAGUCCACUGAGCGGAGGUGUGACACUGCUGAGUCUCUGAGGACCAGGCGCUGUGAGCAGACAGACAUCAUCAACCCCCAAUCAGAAUUGGUCUUCCUAAAGAACAAUGAGCUCAGCAGCGACCCAGACAGCGUGGUCCAGCUUAAGCCACAAAACCUCCUCUUCAAACUCAGAGUCGGAGUCCCUCAGACCUUCAGUGUGUCAUUCAAGAGAGCCGAGGGCUACCCCAUAGACCUGUACUACCUGAUGGAUCUGUCCUUCUCCAUGAGGGACGACCUGGAUACCAUCAAGAAUCUGGGCCAGGAAAUCCUCUCUACGCUAAAAAACGUCACCAAGAAGGUCCGCAUAGGCUUUGGCUCGUUUGUGGACAAGGUGGCUCUGCCGUAUGUCAGCCAGGUUAAGGACAAGAAGAACAACCCCUGCCCCAGCCGCCUGUACACCUGUCAACCUGCCUUCAGCUUCCAGAACAUUCUGGGACUAACCCAAGACGUGGCCGAGUUCAAGACCAGGGUCAGCAACCAGAUCAUCUCUGGAAACCUGGACUCCCCCGAGUCUGGCUUUGACGCCAUCAUGCAGGCAGCUGUCUGCCAGGGUGUGAUUGGUUGGAACAAUGUCACCCGGAUCCUGGUUUACACGUCAGAUGACACCUUCCACAUUGCCGGGGACGGCAGGCUGGCUGGGAUAUUCGAACCUAAUGAUGGGAAGUGUCAUCUCAAUGGCAGCGGCUUUUACGAUGGCACUAAAUAUGACUACCCAUCGGUUGGCCAGCUCGCCAGGGUCCUGGCAGCCAAUAACAUCCAGCUCAUCUUUGCUGUCACCGAAGACAGUGUUGCUGCCUACAAGGCAUUGAGUAAACUAAUCCCUCAGUCAGUGCUGGGAGUCCUGAAGAACGACUCAAGCAACGUGGUCCAGCUCAUCUUAGAGGCCUACAAUAACCUGUCCUCCACUAUCUUAUUGGAGCACCAUGGAGCUCCCUCAGGUCUGGACGUGACCUACAGAUCCCACUGCACCCCUGCAGAAGGGGACAACACCCCAUGGCAGAGGAAGGGCGAGUGCAUGAACGUCAAGCUCAACCAGCAGGUUGACUUCACAGUGAGUCUGAAUAUUUCAACGUCUGAAGGAGAAUGUCUGAAGGAGAAGAAGCAGUUUUUCCUCAAACUGCAGGGCAUCAGCGAGACCCUGAAGGUCUCCGUGGAAACCCUGUGUGACUGUGACUGCCAUGACAGAGAACAGCAGUCCACACACUGCAAUGAAAAGGGAACGCUCAACUGCGGAAUCUGCAGCUGUGACGAGGAUCACCUGGGUCAGAGGUGUGAGUGUGACCGGCCUAAGGACAUGAUCUCUGCUGACUCUAUGGACACAACAUGUCGCCAAGACAGCUCCUCGCUGCUAUGCAGCGGGCACGGGAGCUGUGAGUGUGGCAUAUGUGUGUGCCAGGGCACCCACCAUGAGGAUUUCUGCCAAUGUGAUGACAACAGCUGUGACCGCCACAACAACAUGCUCUGCGGUGGAAAUGGGCAGUGUGACUGUGGAACAUGUAAGUGUCAUGCCAACUACAAUGGCUCUGCGUGUGACUGUUCCACCCUCACCGACCAGUGCAGGACUGCUGGGAAGCUGUGCAAUGGCCAGGGAACAUGCCAGUGUAACCAGUGCCAGUGCAACAACGACUUCUUUGGCAUGAACUGUUCAAAGAUUGCUGAUGCAUGCGCAAAAUUCCUGGCCUGUGUGACGUGUGAAUUGGCCAAUAAGGAAAGUGACGGCCUAAAGAGUAACUGUAGCCGACCAUGUGGCUCAGUCAAGUCCACUUGGGUUGAGGGACCCCAGGAGUUCCCCUGCAGAGAAGACACCAUCUCCUACAAAGUAGAGCUGUUCCCUGACGGCAACAUCCUGGUCCUCUACGCAGAUCUGCCCCGCUCUGUUGACAAGACUUAUGUGAUCAUUGGCAGCUCGGUGUCCAGCAUCAUCUUCAUCGGCAUCGCAGUGAUCCUCAUCAGCUGGCUGAUGCUGGAGUUCCACUACCGGAGAGAGUAUGACAGCUUCCUCAAAGCAACGGAGACUGUAGUCUGGAAAAAUAUCGAAAAUCCUUUGUUCCAGGACGCCACAACCAUAGUUAUGAACCCCAUACACAUUCAAGAGGACUGAUCCAAACCCAUUCAACUCUGAAGCCAACCAACACUUUACUUCAGGAAAAUCUGUUAUAUACAGUAAUAAGCGAAAGCGGGACCAUAUACUGAUCCUAACUUCUAGAAGAGUAACCGCUUGUUCCUUUAUCCACUUUAAUUGGAAAAAUUCAACGGGCCUAUUUAUAUAAUAAAUAUGAAUUCGAAGGGCUAAAAUGAUAAAAUAAUAGAAUAUUGAAUCUCUCUAAAGGCUUCAGUCAUAUAAAAGUUAUACUUAAAUCGGAACUGGUUCUCCAGCAGAUUAGUAAGAAUGGCUCAUCCCUUGUUCAAAAUUUGCCUUUUCCCUUUGUCCAAAUUAUAACCUCUCACUUUCGGUUAUUUUAAAAUGAAAACCUCUCCAAAAUAUCCCUAUUUUUAAAACAAGCCAUAGAAAUGGUUACAAUUUCAGUUUCAUUUCAUUUAAUUCAUGUUCAGAACAAGGUUAAGGGCAGAGAAAGCUUGUUGGAUACUAAGAAAGCUUUGUUGUAGAGCGUCUAACACAUAAUCCAGGGAGGGGCCAGUUUAGAAUAAGACUGCCUCCUACUGCCUGAGCUAUGUUGUUGAUGUAAAUUGUAUAUGGGUAUACAACCAUCACAGCUCUACAGAUUUUGCUGCGAAGAGACAGAAUCAUUAGAUAAAUUGUUUUGGUACUGCUCAUAUGUAUGUAGCUUGUUUUUGGUUACAAACUCAGGAAUGGCUGAAAAAUCACAACAUUUACCUAGAACUAACUCUGCAAAUAGCACUGCUGGCUGACUUGAAAAGCCAUAGUCAAUCAAUCAAUAAUAUAAUAAUAAAAAAUGUAAUAUUUAAUUUACCAUCUGUAGAAACCAAUGGCGGUCGGUGCCGUUUAAGCUUAGGAGGACAAUAUUUUUUUACGAGCAUGGUCUUAUUUCUAUUUAAGCAAUAAGGAAUGAGGGGGGUGUUAUAUGCCUUGCAAAAGUGUUCAUCACUCCUUGAGGUUUUGGUUCAAUUUGUAAUUUAAAUUGAUUUUUAUUUGGAUUUCAUGUAAUGGACAUACACAAAAUUGUUCAAAUUGGUGAAGUGAAAUGAAAAAAACUGAAAAGUGGUGUGUGCAUAUGUAUUCACCCCCUUUACUAUGAAGCCCCUAAAUAAGAUCUGGUGCAACCAAUUACCUUCAGAAGUCACAUAAUUAGUUAAAUAAAGUCCACCUGUGUGCAAUCUAAGUGUCACAUGAUCUCAGUAUA